CACACCACUGGCCGAGGUGCAAGAAGUGAUGCUGCACAGCGCGUUUCGCAUGCUGAUUGACCUUGCGCGGCGGCUGGGGAAGGCGUGUACGGGGUGUGGGAGGCGCGGGUGGUUGAGGGGUGUGGCCCCUUCGACUUUUGGCUGUGGGAGUGGGGUGUGGUGGUUGAAGUGGAUGGCAUGCAGCACACGGAUACCCCGCAUCACGGCACGGAAGCGCAAGCGCAGUGGCUGGUGGAUCCAUGGAAGGAAGCAGCUGCUGUUCGCAAGCGGCGGCAUGUGGCGCGGUUGCAUGUGAUGGACAUGGUGUGCUGGGAGGCCGUGGUUGCGCGUGCGCUGUGUGCUGCUCGUAACGGCAUUUCGCCGUGUGUGCACUACAGCGACUACCACCUGCGGCCUGUGCUUACACAGUCAUGAGCUCCCAACGCACCUGGUACUGUAGCUCGGGUGGCGGCGUGUAGGCCCUGCCUGAGGUGCCGGCGACAGGCUCCCACAGCACGACGCCGAAGGCAGGGCACACGAUGAUGAUGUACUUGAUGGUGUUGGGUCGUGACGAGUUGCAGCGGUAGUCCUCAAUGGUGAUGCUCUGCCCGCGCGGGCCUGCAGUCCAGGCGGUGUAGUCGGUUGGGUUGCAGUGAAGGUCGUUUCGUCGGUCAUGGCGAAACCGUUGAAGAUGGUUAUUAAGUUGAGCCCUGCGUCGCUUUCGAACUCCCCUGUGCCAAUGUCUGGUGGCAAGGGAAAGGCGCCAUCGCUGACACCGUACUCCCUUUCAGCCUUCACGGCUGAGACCAUGUGCACGCCUGGAGCAUUGGGGUUGACAAGCUUGCGCAACCACGCUGCUGAGCGGUCCAGCCUGGGGCUGAGGAAGGGGCGGUCCUCCACCUUUUAAGUUCUUUGGGAGGGUUGGAUCGUAGCGUUGCAUGGAGCGCCAAGAGGACUUGAAAGUGAUCUUGUGGGAUUUGAGAACGUCUUGAAAGGGCGCGUCGUGCUCGUACUUGGCGGCAGAGUCGUAGUGGACGCUCUUGACAUAGUGGACCAUCCAGGGUUUUCAGGAUGGGGUAGUGUGCAUGUAGCGCACGUACCACUUCUUAAUCUGCUCCGCCAUAUGCUUGGGUGAUGCCUCCCAUGGUGUGUAAUCAACUGGCUGC